AUGUUGACUUGGAGCACAACAACAACAGAUUUCAAAAACUUCAAACAAAAUUCCGAAUUGAAAGUCGCUGAAAACUUUUUGAAAUCUUGGGAUGCUGCAGUUUACGAAGGCGAGAAAAUUAAUGGUGAGUUCUUCUUGCCACUAGCCACGUCAUAACACAUUGUAAAUUUACAGACCCGAUUCUUGAUGCCGAAGCCAAAUUAUGGCGAGAAAAAUUUGUUCAUCUACGCGUAGUUGGAAAAAAUUGCGAAGAUCCGGAAAAAUCGAAAAAUUCCACGAUGAAAGUUUCAAAGAGUGCAAAUACGUCGAGAGAUUUUUCAUUGCCACCGAUUAAAAAAUGA